UUAAAAAGAACAAAACUAAGAUAUUUAUGUUGAAACACCCCCUGUGCCUUUGUUUUGUUUGCUUUUGAGAAACUUGUUGAGAGUGUCGAGAAAAGAAGAGUAAUUAAUACUACUCCUAGUACCUAAGAAUAGCAUAGAGAGAGUGAGAAACUAGAAUGUAUCUACUACUAGUAUAUAACUUGUAGAAACUCACAUGCAAUCCCUUUUAGAUUUACCAUUUGCUUAACCUUAUUCUUUUUGUUUGCAAAAGGAAAAUUAAAAAGAGAGAGAGAGAGAGAGAGAAAAGGGUGAACCUUGUUUCAUUUUCAAACAAACAGCACUGAAGAAAUGACUAAAGAAGAAGACUUUAAGCUCCUUAAAAUCCAGACUUGUGUUCUCAAAGUGAACAUUCACUGUGAUGGUUGUAAGCAGAAAGUGAAGAAACUCCUUCAGAGAAUUGAAGGUGUUUACCAAGUUCAAAUAGAUGCAGAACAACAGAAGGUAACAGUUUCAGGUAGUGUGGAUUCAGCUACUUUGAUCAAGAAACUGGUAAGAUCUGGUAAAUAUGCUGAGCUCUGGUCUCAAAAAACUAAUAAUCAUCAGAAUCAGAAUCAGAAUCAAAAGCAGAAGAACAACAAUGUUAAAGAUGACAAGAACAAAGGACAAAAACAAGUACAAGCCUUAAAAAUUCCUGCUUUUAGUUCCGAAGAGGAUGGUGAAUAUUACGAGGACUUUGAAGACGACGAAGAUGAUGAAGACGAAGAGAUGAAGUUUAUCAGAGAGAAGGCAAAUCAUCUUCAAAUGCUGAGGCAACAGCAAGCAACUGAUGCAAACAAUGUGAAGAAAAGUAUUGGAGCUAAGAUGAACAAUGGUGGCAAUAAGAAAGGAGAUGCAAAUCAGAAUAUGGGAAUGAAGGGAAGUGGUGUUGGGGUUGAUCAGAAAACAAUGGCAGCCCUGAAGUUGAACAAUGGUCAUUUAAGUAGUGUUGAAAGUUUCAACCUUGGAGAAUCUAAAAGGUCUAGUGACAUUGGUGCUAUAAUGAAUUUAGCUGGUUUCAACGGAAAUAGUAAUGGUGUUGGUAGUGCUACUGUUUUAGGUGGAAAUUCCAAUUCUAAUGGUUUAGGAGGCUUUUCUAUUCAGUCCAAUAAUAAUAAUAAUAAUAAUAUGAUUCAAGGUUCAUCUGCAUCAAUUCCAAAUGGUGGUUAUUUUACUGGACAAUAUCCAUCAUCUAUGUUGAUGAACAUGAAUGGUUUCAAUAACCAUCCAUCACCACUUAUGAUGAACAUGAAUAUGCAAGCAAGGCAUGGUAUGCAACAACAACAGCCUCAGAUGAUGUAUCAAAGGUCACCUUUUAUCCCUUCUAACACUGGCUAUUACUAUAACAGUAAUUAUUACAAUAGUAACUAUAGCCCUGGAAAUUACACCUAUGCUUUGCCUAGUUAUCCAACAGAUGAUCACUCUGUAGCAGCACACAUGUUCAGCGAUGACAAUACUUCAAGCAGCUGUUCAAUAAUGUAGUAAUAGAGAUUGUAGAGUUUGAAAAGUGAGAAAGUAAAAAGGAUUGGUGUGUUUGACCUUAAAGUCCCAUUUAGUAAAGGUAGUAUAGUUGUUUGACUGUAAUUUGGUGGGGCAGAUGUGUGUUAGGAUGUGUUUGUGAAACAUAUCUUUUGUACUGUGUUGUUUGGUUAGAUGCUGUUGGCCUUUUUAUUAUUUUUAAAAUGUCUCUGCUUGUUUCUCUGAUGACUAUAGUACUUUACUUUGUUA